UAAGUCUUUUGCUCCUAAACAAUGGUCGUAUCGCAGUAAUGGUAAUACUUACCAACCACCAAUAAGAAGUGCUAGUGGAAGGUUUUCAAUAGAUGAUUAUGAAGUAUUUCAAAUAUGGAUUAUAUUCACUAAACUUAAAGGUUGUACCUACGUUGGAGUAUCCACAAUAAGGUUACAUUACAAAAAUGCAUCCGAAUGUCUGUCUGAAAAUAAAAAAGUGUCUUAUGCUCCUAAACAAUGGUAUUAUGGCAUUAGUACAAAUUACCAACCACCAAUAAGAAGUGCGAGUGGAAAUUUUUCAGUAGAUGAUUAUGAA